CCGGGUCCUGCCUGCCAGGCCGGGCGGCGCGGAGCGCAGCGGGCCGAGGCGGCGGGAGGCGGGGCCUUGGCUGGAAAUGUGCUGGUGAUACUGUCCUGAUGCAGACUUUCCUUCUCUUUCAUCUCAGGGGGUAGGGUCAGACUAGCACAUUAAGAUGCAGGAGCCAGUUUCUGGAGACAUGAACAUGGCCUCUCCUCCAUUGAAAACAUCAGUGGCGAACCCUGCAGCCAAUCCCCGACGCAUGCGACGGAUCAUUGCUGAGGAUCCUGAGUGGUCACUGGCCAUUGUUCCACACCUCAGUGAGCUCUGCCUCCAGUGCAUCAUCAGCAACUUUGAAAAGAAUCCUGUUGUGGACCGUCUCCUGCCAGAACACCAAAGGAAGGUGCUGGACAGGAUUUCCACAGGCCUGCCUCUCACAGUGACUGCCAACCUGAUCAGCGACGAAGGCUACUGGAAGAGGUGCUGUACUGAGCGCUGGGCAGUGUGUGAUGUCUCCCGCUAUGGGGGCAGCUGGAAACGGAUGUUCUUUGAACGCCACCUGGAGAGCAUCCUGAAGUACUUCAUCCCUAACACAACCGACCCCAAUCAAGUCCUGGAGGUCAUCCCGCUCUGCAAGGAGUAUGUGAGGAAGCUGGAAAUCGAUCAGUUCCUCCCACCAGUGAAGCUGGAUCAGAACAAGGAAGAGGAUGACAUGUCCGAUUCUGGGAGUGAUGUUGGGGUGGAUGAAUUGUGCAUGCAUCACUAUGACCUGGGAGUGCUCACUGCUGCCCUCUCUCACCUAGAAGAGCUGCAUCUGACGUAUGGUGUGAAAGACUGUGGCAUGAACUUCGAGUGGAGCCUCUUUGACUUCACCUAUCAGGACUGUUGCUCUCUGGCCAAUGCUUUCAAGAAGUGCCACACCUUGAAAGUCUUCAAGCUGUGCCGGAGCAAAGUGGAUGAUGAAAAGACUCGGGUGCUGAUACGGAAUUUGUUAGAUCACCCAUGCUUGGUGGAGUUGGACUUGUCCCAUAAUCUGAUCAGGGACCGGGGAGCACGAGCCAUUGGCAAGCUGAUCAACCGUAGCAAGCUAGAAAUUCUCAACCUGUGUAAUAACCGGAUCCGGGCCCCAGGAGCCCAGGCUAUUGCUCAUGCCCUAGGGAAGAAUUCUACGCUGACCUCUCUGAACCUGCGCAUCAACUGCAUUGAGGAUGAGGGCGGCCAGGCAAUAGGCCAUGCCCUGCUGAAUAAUGCCACCUUGACAUCUAUCCAUCUGGGAGGCAACGAGUUGUCAGAGCCAACAGCUACCCUGUUCUCCCAGGUCCUUGCUCAGAACACAGCUCUGACAAGCAUCAACCUUGCAUGCAACCACAUAGGGCUGGAUGGUGGGAAGCAGCUGCUGGAAGGAAUCUCAGAUAACAAGACCGUGACUGAAUUUGACCUGCGGCUGGCAGAGGUGGGACAAGAGAGCGAGUACCUCAUUAACCAAGCCCUGAAGGCUAACCAGGAAAUUGCCCGUCUGAAAACCUUGUACCAGCCAAACUCCCUGGAAGAGAAAUCCCCAGAUCUGGAUUAGCCUAACCCACGCCCCUAUUUCCCGCUGUAGCCUUUGAAAUGAAAUGUCUCUCCUCAUUGGGCAGCUGUGGCCAUAUGACAUUAAUUCCUGAUUGGGGGAGGGGUAAGAAAAUGGAACAGACAGCCUGGUGUCAGGGACCAGGCCCUACCUGGCAGUUGGACCCCAAAGGGGAUUUCUCACUGGCUACUUCACAUGGUGUGGUCAAGGGUUUGCCUUUUCUCCAACUCCCCAGCCUGAGCUAGGUUCCCAUCGGCUUCAGGCUGGCCAAAGCCCACCCUGCCAUUCGGGAAACUACACAUGCUCCCUCCAUUCAGUAGAUUUUUCUCAACUUAUCUGCUCUACUCGUUGUCUAGGACACCUGGCGGGGCUGGUAGCAUGAAUGCCUCUGAUAGUCAGCUCUUGGAGUAGCCUUUGCCCAGAAAUCACAUAGCUCGUUGUUACUGUGGGACAGAAUGCCAUGAAUGGAGACUCAGGGCUAGUGCCAAAGUUGGGUCUCCCAUGUGGUUCUGUCACAAGGUUGUUUCAUGCUGUCAUUGGCAACUGGGAGCAAAGGAUGGUAAAUAACACUGGCACCCAGCCUUUGGGAGCAGCACACAAAACUUACGAGGUUGUCAUCAUAAAGUGGGGGCACAGUUGCCAGGGAAGAGCAAAUAAUAAUAUGGAAGACCCUAUCUAUGGUACAUGAGCUCGCUCUGCAAAAGCUUUGACGAGCUGGCCUCUCACCCGAGCUCACUCACAGGGACUGCCACCAGACCCAGAAUGGAAGUCUUGAUAUGGGGCCAGUUACCAGGAUAUCUAAUUAUCAUAGUUCUUCUUCCUUAGGGAGGAGUUCCUCUGGUAAAUAGAC